AUGGUAUCUGGAGAUAAAAAACUUAAUAAGAAUUUAUGUAAAAACAAAAAAUUAACAAACGGUCAACAAAUCCAUCAAGGAUCUUGCUCAGAAACAAUACAAGGAGAAAUCCCAUCUGUCAAUAAAAUGCCAUCAACGUUAAUAAUAGAACCAAUUAAUGGUCAAAUACUAAAAUCACGACAAUCAUUUAGAGUUAAAACAAAAAUUUCAAAUUUAAUAACCGGCUUCUUCACCAAUCCAAACGAAAAAUAUUAUACCGAACCUCAACAGUUGAAAAAUGGCGUGAUAAAAGGACAUUCUCACGUUACCAUACAAAAACUUGAUGGUAAUAAUUUACCUAAUGCAAAGGAUUUUACAUUCUUUAAAGGAUUGGACCAACCAGAUAAAAAUGGAAUUUUAUUGGUUAAAGUAAAAGGUUUAUCGCCCGGUGAUUAUAGAAUUUGUACUUUAGUCUCCUCAUUCUCUCAUCAACCUGUGAUAAUGCCAGUUGCAAAACGUGGUUCACAAGAUGAUUGUUCAUAUCAAUGUCGUGUUGGUUGGGCAACUGAUGAUUCACCUAGAUUACAAUUUGAUAACCUAGUAUCAAAAUUUAGGGAUCGUAAAAUCAAUAAAAGUGUUUUGUUUGUGGGAAAUGAUGUUUAUACAGAUGCAACAGCAAAGGCUAGUGCAAAGUCACCAUUUGAUGGAAAUGUAGUUUAUAAUUUUGAGACAAUGGAGUAUAUUUUAGAUUAUAUUUUCGUUAAAUUGGGUAUUGAUACUGAUCAAGUAUAUAAUCCCAUUUUGAUGACAGAACCUGUUUGUAAUCCAAAUUAUUCAAGAAAAAUGAUGAAUGAGUUAUUAUUUGAAUGUUAUCGAAUACCAUCAGUUUGCUAUGGAAUUGAUGCACUAUUUAGUUUUCAUGCCAAUGGGUUGUCAUUUGAUGAGGGUGGUGUGGUAAUUUCCUCUGGUCAUACUUCUACACAUGUUAUACCUAUCAUUGGUGGCCAUGCUGUUUCUGAACAUAUUAAAAGGAUAUCUUAUGGUGUUGCACAAGAUUAUUUUCAAGAAUUGAAUGAAUACACAGACCCAAAAUCAUUUGCUGAAAAAGAUCAAGUCAUUCAAUUUCCUUAUGUCCCUCCUUCAAAUGAAAAAACAGAAGAAGAAUUGACUAGAGCUGAAGAAAGAAAACAGGAACAAGCACGUCGUUUAAAAGAACAAGCAACAAAACUACGUAUGCAAAAAGUACUUAAAAAUAGAAUGAGUGAUGAGACAGAAUUGGAUGAUAUUAUUCAAAAAACUGAGAAGGCAGUUCAAAGAGCAAGAAAUAAGUUACUUGGAAUUGAUGAAGUUGAAAUUAAGGAAGAACCCACUUUCCAACUAGUUGAUAUACCAGAUGAUCAAUUAAAUGAAGUGGAAAGAAAAGAAAAAAAGAAACAACUUGCUGCAAAAAGCCUUUAUGAAUCUCGUCAAAGACAACGAGAAGCUAAAGAAUUGGCUAAAAAGCAACAGGAAGCAGAAGAACGUAUGGAGGAGGAUAGAAGACAAAAAGAUUUUGAUGGAUGGUUAGAAGAAGUAAAAAAAAAUUAUGAGAAACAAUUAGAAAAGGUUAAAACAUUAAAACGUAAAAAAGAGCAACUUUCAGAUCGUAGGAGUCAUGCUUCACAAUUAAGAAUGAAAUCAAUUGCUAAUUUGGCAAGUGAUGCUCCACAACAAAAAAAGAAACGUAGAGGUCAAGAUGGUAAAAUUAGAGAAGAUGAUGCAUGGGAAGAGGAGGAGGAACUUACACAAUUACGAGAAUAUGAAACCAAACUUCUCCAAUAUGACAAAACUUUCUCACAAGAAAAUACCUAUGAUGUGAAAAAUUCUAACCAAAAAUCAUUGAUUUUCAUGUUUACCCAUGGUGUUUCACCACCUUAUGACCCAGAAGAUUUUGCUCAAAUGCAUCAAUUACAUCUUAACAUUGAACAGAUCAGAGUACCAGAAGCAUUAUUUCAACCUAGUAUUUUGGGACUUGAUCAAGCUGGAUUGGUUGAAACUGUUGGUGAUAUUUCAGUAUUUGUCACUGGAGGACACACACAAACACCUGGUUUAAUAACUCGUCUUGAAUAUUCACUUCAAUCAAUCUUACCAACCACAACCAAUUUAUCAGUAAAACCAUUGCUUAAAAUCAUUCAUGCUCAAAAUCCUGUUCUUGAUGCUUGGCAUGGUGCUGCUCUAUGGGCAAGAUCUGAGGAAUUUAAAAAUUUUGUUGUGACAGAAAAAGAAUAUUUGGAGUGUGGUGGUGAAUAUAUAAAAGAACAUUGUUUUG